CCAUGGCGGAGGCGGCGCAGGGCCGGGUGCAGGCCGCGGUGGAGAGCGCGGUGCAGGGGCUGGAGCGGGAGCAGAUCCGCGGCAUGCAGGGCGCCAUGUUCCGCUGCAGCGCGCGGUGCUGCGAGGACGCCGCAGCGUCCAUGCAGGAGGUGCAGCGCUGCAUCGAGCGCUGCCACGCGCCCCUGGCCCGCGCCCAGGCCAUCGUCACCGCCGAGCUCGAGCACUUCCAGGACCGGCUGAGCCGCUGCUCGCUGCAGUGCUCGGACCAGGCCAAGGACGCCCUGGACUCGGGGGGCUCGGAGCCGCGCGUGCGGGGCCAGCUGGACGCCUGCCUGGCCACCUGCGGGGAGCAGCACCUGCGCCUCGUGCCCGCCAUGGCCAAGAAGAUGCGGGACGGUCUGGCCAGCAUCCAGCAGUGACAGCGGGGACACCCCCGGGACACCCCGGGGACGCCCCCGCAGCAGCACACACUCAUUAAAGGCCAAGGUUCAUGGACAAGAAGCUGUCGUGUGAGUUCUGGAACUGAUCCCACCCCGAUCCUCUGCCCCGGGACCCCAGCCCGCUCUGAUCCCUGUCACGGUGCCCGGGGACCCUCACGGUCAUCGAGGAGUCCGUGGAGAUGGCGGCGGGCAACAGAACAACAUCGGCAGGGUGCUGAGGGCACUGGGAACGGGGUGGUGAGGGCACUGGGAGCACUGGUGGAGCCGUGUGUGCGGUCAAUGAGGGGGAAUUUUGGUAAAGCACAGGAAUGGGAAUUCAGAGCUUUGGGUGCUUCUCAGCUCCCCCCUUCCAGGUGAUCCGAGGGAACAGCAUCAUCACGCUGGCAGCUUUGGAACGAGUAUAAAACCCCUGGAAAAACCUCAAAUUCCCCAGCACCAGUUCCAUUCCGUUGUCCAUGACUCUGCUCCCGAGUGUACAAUUAUUUUGUUUUUGUUAUUAAAUCAGUUUUGUAAUGGUUGAA